UAGCCAUGCGAACACUGUUGUCAACAGCACUGGACUAUAAUUCAUGUUAGUGUUGAGAAAACACUAGAAAACACUUGGCUGUUUUUUUAGCCACAUAUCUUGUUGGUGGUGACCAACUACAUUUCUGAGAUUCAGAAGUCCCAUUGUUGGAUUUUCUACCUGCUGCUUGGUUUGAUGUUCUGCUGCCAUACCAUGAGGACAUGGACGAUUAGUUCACUGAUUGUCUUUGUUUUCUUGCCGCACAUCAGAGGACUACAGCAAGAGGACACUCAAGCUGGUUGUAGCACAACUCCAAAUGACAUUGCAUACAUAAUUGAUGGCUCCUCAAGCUUGGGAGUCCCCAACUUUGAAACAGCCAAACGCUGGCUCAUCAACAUCACCAAUGGCUUUGACGUGAGCACCAGACACACUCAGGUGGCGGUCGUCCAGUACAGCGACACGCCUCGACUAGAGAUUCCCCUGGGAAAGCACCACAAUAAUCAAGAACUGGUUAAGGCCAUCGCCUCCAUCCCAUACCUGGGGGGCAACACUCGGACUGGCCGUGCCAUCAAGUUUGCCACAGACCAUGUCUUUGGGAUGCCUAACCGCACCUCCCAGUCUGCCAGGAACCGUAUUGCUGUGGUUCUCACAGAUGGCCGUUCACAAGAUGAUGUUGAGGAUGCUGCCAUGGAGGCCAUGGCACAGAAUAUUGUUUUGUUUGCAGUUGGUGUGGGAAAUGAAAUCACCAAAUCUGAGUUAGUGUCCAUGGCUAACAAGCCACCAUCUACUUAUGUGCUUCACGUGGAAGACUACAGCUCCAUUGAAUCCAUUUGGGACCUGAUGGAGCAGAAACUGUGCGAGGAGUCGGUGUGUCCGAAGCGGAUCUCUGGGACAGUGAACGAUCAAAAGGGAUUUGAUCUAAUGAGCAUUAUGAGAAUAGAGGAGGUGGCUCAGAAGGUUCAGGGUUCUUUGAUAUCAGAGAGAGCGUCACUGCUCAGCCCUCAUCUGGACAUCACUCACAAUACCAGCAAGAUAUUUCCAGAAGGCCUUCCUCCAGCCUAUGUGUUUGUGGCCACACUGCGCUUAAAGAACCCAGCUCACCGGAUGAAGUUUGACCUUUUGAGGGUGUUGUCUCAGGAUGGGGUCAAACAGGUUGUCGUAACCAUUAACGGAGCAGACAAAUCCAUCACCUUCACCUGCACCAGCACCCUGAAGAAAGAGCAGGCAGUCAUAUUUAAUGACAGAGGCAUCCAGAGGCUCUUUGACACUGAUUGGCACCAAUUGAAGUUGCUGGUGAAACCCAAACGCAUCACUUGUUUCGUUGACGGUGCAUAUGUGGAGGAGCAGCUCUUAGAUCCAAUGGUUCCCAUUUACAUUAAUGGAAAGACCCAGGUGGCCAAGAAAGUAAAUAUACAGACAACAGUCCCUAUUGUGCUGCAGAAGUUGCGACUAUACUGUGACCCUUUACAGAGUGAACGAGAAACGGCAUGCGAAAUUUUAUCUGUGGAUGAUGACAGGUGUCCUGUGGAGCGCUCUCCUGCUGUAGAUGUGUGUGAUUGCCCAAGUGGUAAACCAGGCCUACCUGGCCUUCCAGGGCCGAUGGGCUUCCGAGGGGAGAAAGGCAGAGAGGGACCACCUGGCCCUGAUGGAAAACCUGGGAAGCCGGGGGAGAAGGGAGCACUAGGAGAGCCCGGUCAAAAUGGGCACAAAGGUGAAGUAGGUGAGCAAGGACAAAAAGGGGAACGGGGACUGGACGGACCCAAAGGAGAGAUGGGUCCACCAGGACCACCGGGGUCAUCAGAACCCAUAGGCUCUGGAUUUUCCAAACCGGAGUUAGAUGACAUUGAAAUGCAAGGAACCAAGGGAAUCCCAGGAGAACGAGGAGAAAUGGGACCACCUGGAAAACCUGGGCCGAUUGGUGAACGUGGGGUACCUGGUCUACCUGGGUUUGCUGGUCCAAAGGGAGAGAAAGGGGAUAAUGGUGUGGCUGGAUCGGAUGGAGAACCAGGAAUUCCUGGUAUACGGGGGCUUCCUGGGGAGAUGGGGCCUCCUGGAUCUCAAGGCGAGCGAGGCGUGGUAGGACCAGUUGGUAACACCGGACCAAUGGGACAGCAGGGUCCGCCAGGUCCAGACGGCCCACCUGGCAUAAAAGGCCCUCCUGGUCCAAAGGGGAAUUCUGGGGCCUGUGGACAGGAUGAGCUCCCUGGACCACCUGGUGUUAAAGGUUCAGAAGGAGCACCUGGUAUUCAAGGCCCACCUGGCAUUAACGGCCUACCAGGGUUUAAAGGUCAUAAGGGUGACUCAGGAUCUUCUGGACCAAUGGGAAGUCAGGGCGAGAAAGGCAACCAGGGAGAACCGGGAGUUUCUGGAAAACCUGGUGAAACAGGCCUCAAAGGAAACAAAGGAGAGUCAGGUGUAGCAGGGGAUCCUGGGAUCAGAGGAGGUGAUGGGAAAAAGGGAGACAUGGGUCCAUCAGGGCAACCUGGAUCUCGAGGCUUUCCGGGUAUAGAUGGGCUACCGGGUCAACCAGGAAUUCCAGGCUAUCCAGGGAAACCUGGAAAGCCACCUUCUGAGGAACAUCUUAUGAAAAUUUGUGCCUAUGUGUUGCAAAACCAGCUACCACAGCUCCUGCAGGUGAUGGGCCAUAGAAGUUGUGAACACUGUGAAACCAAACAAGGGCAACCAGGUGAUCCAGGCCCCCCUGGACCAACAGGCCCAUCUGGAUCUCCAGGGUACCCUGGCAGGGCAGGAGCUCCUGGCUAUCCAGGAACACCAGGGAGGAGGGGACCAGAAGGGGUUAAAGGUGAUACUGGCCCAAUGGGUAUGAAAGGUGCCAAAGGACAGGGUGACAUUGGGUUGCCAGGUCCACCUGGUCCAGCAGGUUUACAGGGCCCACGUGGGGAUGAUGGUGAGGGGUAUGCUGGGCCUUCUGGUCCCCCAGGGAAACCUGGCCAUCCAGGUAUCCCAGGAAAACGUGGACCCCCAGGAUCAAUGGGUUUUUGUGACCCGUCGCUUUGUUAUCAAGCCUACAAUUUUCGGGAUGACCCUUUUAGGAAAGGACCAAACUUUUAGCAUCAGGACAGUGGGAUCUUACUGAUUCUGUACAGUGUUCUCUGAAAUUUUAAAUGGACAACAAACAUUUCUGGUGCUCAGCAUUGACCUCAGGAACUCCUACCCUCUAAAGAAAGUUGUCAUGAUCUUGACCUUUAAUUUGUGAUGUGUUUUUGUCUGAGAAUCUUUUUGUGUUGAAAUUCCUUAUUUGAGUGAAUUCCCCCCAGAUACUUCUCUGAUGAAAUCAAACUUUCAAGUUUGGUCUAUUCCUUACACAAAGCUAUCUUAUGGCUUCAAAAAAACACAACUGGCCAUCUAAAUUUUCCCCACACUAAUUUUAAAUUUUUGGAUAAAAAAUUAUUGUUAUACUGUAUCCACUGCACUGCCCAAGCCAAGCUACCUCUCUACAGGAUGUGAAACAAUUACUAUUGGCUAUACUUCGACACCAGAACAUUUAUGUUAAAAUCUUGAGAAUACUUCUGCUCAGGGCUAUUCUCAAUCUGUGUUUUGUUUUAUACCAACAUUCAAAAUAAAUUUUUUGCAUACUAAUACAACAUUUUUCAUUAUUGUAUACUUUCAAUUGUUUCAGCAGUCUUGUAGAAUUGUGCAGCACUAUUAAUAGGGUUAUAGUUUUGGUAUGCAUGUUUUUGACUUGAUAGAUUUGUGAAAAGGAUUAAAAACCUCUAUUUAUUGCC